UGGCUGAUGAAGGCCGAGCCCGACUCGCGCAUCGUAAAGGGGAAGGACGUCAAGUUCAGCGUGGACGACUUCGAGGCGGCGGGGACGACGCCGUGGGAGGGCGUGCGGAACUACGAGGCGCGGAACCUGAUGCGCGCGAUGCGCGUCGGGGACCAGAUCCUGUUCUACCACUCGAACUGCAAGGCGCCCGGUGAGUCCUCGCUCGUCGCGCGGGAGGCGUAUCCCGAUCACUCUGCGUGGGACCCGUACCACCCGUACUUCGACCCGAAAACGGAGCAGGCGAGCCCCAAGUGGUUCAUGAUCGACGCGCGGUUCGUCGCGCGGGCGCGGCACUUUGUGCCGCUCGCGCUGCUGCGGCGGAUCGCGGCGGGAGACGCGGCGGGGUUGGCGGGCGGUGGGGCAGCGUACGCGUAUAUCGGGGCGGCGGGGGUGGCGGCGGUGAAAGGGAUGGCGCUGGUGACGCGGGGACGGCUGAGCGUGCAGAGGGUGGAGGAGCGGGAGUGGGACGUUGUGAGGGCGUUGGCGGAGAGAGGGGGAUGGGAG